AUGGCAGAGCUGCGCUCCGUAUCUAGUUCAACUCCAACUACUCCUUUACAAGAUGCAUCUGAACCAAAACAAAACAGUGCUACUGCUUAUGGUGUCCUGCGACCUUCCUUCUCUUACUUGAAUGGGAACAAUCCACCUUCUGGAAGUUCGCAGCAGUCAUCUUCUAGUCCAGCUGUUGAGCAAGGUCAUUCUCAAGUGGGAAAGAUUGCUUCAUCUCCUACACAAUCUGCACAGCCAGCAUUCUUGCAUCCUCCUGUUCCUUUACGCACCUCACAACCCGGUACAUUUGUACCUGGAACAGCUGCACAAGUCAUGACCCCUCCAGGCCCUCCGCCUGUUGGUGUUCCUCAAGGAAGCUCUUCACAUUUUUUAAACUUCUCUUUUAAUGGGAAUCAGCAACUGAUGCAGAACAACUUAUCACUGGAAACUAAUGUAAGAGCAAGUGCUACUCAAGAGAUUGGAGCAAUCGCUUCUGCACAGCUUUCCACACAGUCUGCUUCUCAGCCUGCUCUUACAAAUCUAAGUCCUUCAGUAACUGUUUAUGCAGCUAAUAGUUAUAGCAGCACGGCUGCUUGGUUGCCCCCUGCACCACUUCAGGUGCCUCCAGGAAUGCCUAGAACUCCUUUAACACCUGGCCCUCCUGGAAUUGCAUCCUCUGUAUCUUCAUCUUCAAACAUAACUGCUGUCCCUUCAUCUGUGGAUUCUCCUGCGCUCCCAAGAUCCUUCAUGCCUACUGCUCCUGUUCUCUCUAAUUUCGCAAUUCAGCAGCAGACUUUUGCUCCCUAUCCUACUCCAUUUCAAGCAGCUCCUCCAGGACCAUGGUUGCAGUCACCACAGAUCAGUGGCAUUGUCAGACCAUCAUUUUCACCAUACCCUGCUGUUGUUCCCGGUUCUUUUCCCAUGUCAACUCGUGCUAUUCUGCCAAUUUCUGUUUCAUUUCCCAAUACCCAACCUCCUGGAGUUACUCCAGCAGUAUCUUCUGGUGGGAAUUCUACAUCUUCAGUGGCCUCUGGUGACCAGUCAACAGUUGGGUCAGUACAGGAAGAGCUACCUCCUGGUAUUGAUAGUAGUAAACACGUUAAUAAUGAUGAGAUCGAAGUUGAAGCUUCUGUCAGAGAACAACUGGAUGCCUGGACAGCACACAGAACUGAAAGUGGAGUUGUAUACUAUUAUAAUUCUUUGACAGGAGUAUCUACCUAUGAGAAACCUUUGGGCUUUAAGGACAAGCCUGAUAAAGCAGCUGUGCAGCCAACUCCAAUUUCAUGGGAGAAACUGGCAGGUACAGAUUGGGCAGUGGUUACUACUAAUGAUGGCAAGAGAUAUUACUACAACACUAGAACUCAGCUAAGCAGCUGGCAAAUUCCUAAUGAGGUGAUGGAGUUGAAAAAGAAGCAGGAUGCUGAUUGUUCAGAAGCUCAAUCACUAUCGGUGAUAAACAAUAAUGUAAUAAAUGAAAAAGGAUCUGCUCCUGUUAGUUUAAGUACACCUGCUGCUAACACAGGUGGUCGUGAUGCCACAGCUCUGAGACCCUCGGGUGUUUCUGGACAAUCAUCUGCACUUGAUCUCAUCAAAAGGAAGUUACAGGAUUCUGGAACCCCGGCUUCUACUUCUGCAGGCUCAGCUUUGUCAGGAGGGAUGGUAUUAGAACUAAAUGGCUCAAAAACGAUUGAAGACGUGACCAACGUUUCACAGGAUGACUGCAUUGAAAAGCGCAAAGAUGCUAAUGGUGAUGGUGAUUUAUCAGAUUCCUCUUCUGAUUCAGAGGAUGAAGACCGAGGUCCUACCAAAGAGGAAUGCAUCAACCAAUUUAAGGAGAUGCUCAAGGAACGUGGUGUGGCACCAUUCUCGAAAUGGGAUAAAGAACUUCCAAAGAUAGUGUUUGAUCCACGUUUUAAGGCUAUCCCAAGUCACAGUGCUCGAAGAGCGCUGUUUGAGCACUAUGUGCGAACACGUGCUGAAGAGGAGCGGAAGGAAAAACGAGCUGCUCAGAGGGCUGCUGUGGAGGGUUUCAAGCAGUUAUUGGAAGAAGCAAAGGAGGAUAUUGAUUGCAACACUGAUUAUCAAAGAUUUAAGAGAAAAUGGGGAAAGGAUCCACGAUUUGAGGUCUUGUCCCGGAAAGAAAGAGAGUUUUUGUUGAAUGAAAGGGUGCUUCCUUUGAAAAGGACUGCUGAAGAAAAAGCCCAAGCGGAGCAUGCUGCUGCUAUAUCAAAUUUCAAGUCCAUGCUUCAGGAUAGAGGAGAUAUUACUUCGAGUUCGCGCUGGUCAAAGGUUAAAGAUAGCGUAAAAACAGAUGCCAGAUGCAAGUCCAUUAAGCACGAGGACAGGGAAAAGUUAUUUAAUGAAUAUAUAUCUGAAUUAAAGGCUGCUGAAAAAGAGAGAGAGGGGAAGGCAAAGACAAAACAGGAUGAGGAGGAGAAACUUAAAGAAAGAGAACGAGCACUACGCAAGCGAAAAGAAAGAGAAGAGCUAGAAGUGGAGAGGGUGAGAAUUAAAGCUCGUAGAAUGGAGGCUGCUGAAUCAUAUAAAGCUUUAUUAGUAGAGACAAUAAAAGAUCCUCAGGCAUCUUGGACAGAAUCAAAACCGAAGUUGGAGAAGGAUCCUCAAGGACGUGCAGCCAAUCCUCAUUUGGAUCAAUCUGACUCAGAGAAGCUUUUUCGGGAGCAUGUUAAAGAAUUGCACGAGAGGUGUGCAGUGGAUUAUAAAGCUCUCUUAGCCGAGGCAAUAACUGUGGAUGCUGCAGCCCGAGAAACAGAAGGUGGUAAAACCAUUGUUAAUUCUUGGUCGACAGCCAAACAACUCUUAAAGAAUGAUCCCCGUUAUAACAAGAUGCCAAGGAAAGAUAGAGAAUCCUUGUGGUGGCGACAUGCUGAGGAAAUCCAGAGGAAGCAAAAGUUAGUACACGAUCAAGAAACAGAGAAGCAUGCAGAAGGAAGAAGUCGAAACUUUGUUAAUUCUGAUAAGACAGAAAGGGGAGCUAGAUCUUGUUACGUAUUAGCUUCUUUUUUAUACAGUAUUGUGGUCAUGGCAAGGAAGAUGUUGAUUGAUGGGGAGCUGGAAAAGCACAAUGAAGAGGAGACUCACUAUGACUUUGAUUUGUUUGUGAUUGGUGCUGGCAGUGGCGGAGUUCGUGCUUCACGAUUUUCUGCGCAAUAUGGAGCUAAGGUUGGGAUAUGUGAGCUUCCAUUUCAUCCUAUCAGCACUGAAGUGAUUGGAGGAGUUGGCGGAACGUGUGUCAUUCGUGGUUGUGUUCCUAAAAAGAUUUUGGUCUACGGUGCAACCUUUGGAUCUGAAUUGGAGGACGCAAGGAGUUAUGGAUGGGAACUGAAUGAGAAAAUUGAUUUCAAUUGGAAGAAACUUUUACACAAGAAGACAGAGGAAAUAGUUAGACUAAAUGGAAUCUAUAAGCGGUUACUUUCAAAUGUGGGAGUUAAACUGUUUGAAGGAGAGGGAAAAGUUGUUGGUCCAAAUGAAGUUGAAGUGAUGCAAUUGGAUGGCACCAAAAUAAGCUAUUCAGCAAAACACAUUCUGAUUGCAACUGGAAGUAGGGCUCAACGUCCAUCUAUUCCUGGACAGGAAUUGGCUAUAACAUCUGACGAGGCAUUGAGCUUGGAAGAGUUACCUAAGCGAGCUGUUAUACUUGGGGGCGGGUACAUUGCUGUUGAGUUUGCUUCAAUAUGGCGUGGGAUGGGUGCAACAGUGGAUUUGUGCUUCAGAAAGGAGCUUCCUUUGAGAGGUUUUGAUGACGAAAUGCGAGCAGUGGUUGCAAGAAAUCUUGAAGGCAGGGGAAUUACUAUGCAUCCUAGGACAACCUUAACUGAGCUAGUUAAAACAGAAGAUGGUAGGGCACCUAACACAAAGAGGUUGAAUCUGGAAGCUGUAGGUCUUGAACUUGAUAAGACUGGAGCCGUGAAGGUUGACGAAUACUCUCGCACCAACUUACCUAGCAUAUGGGCCAUCGGUGACGUUACAGACCGAAUGAAUCUUACUCCUGUUGCAUUAAUGGAAGGAACCUGUUUUGCCAAAACUGUUUUUGGUGGACAACCCUCCAAACCUGAUUACAGCCAUGUUCCUUGUGCUGUAUUCUGCAUACCACCACUGUCAGUAGUUGGUCUCAGUGAGGAACAGGCCAUAGAGCAAGCAAAUGGUGAUAUUUUGGUCUUCACAUCAACAUUUAAUCCAAUGAAGAACACCAUUUCUGGAUGUCAAGAGAAAACGGUUAUGAAGCUUGUUGUUGAUGGUGAGACUGAUAAGGUUCUUGGAGCAUCCAUGUGUGGGCCUGAUGCUGCUGAGAUAAUGCAGGGUAUUGCUGUUGCACUCAAAUGUGGAGCAACCAAAGCACAAUUUGAUAGCACUGUAGGUAUACACCCUUCUGCUGCAGAAGAGUUUGUGACCAUGCGGUCGGUCAGUAGGCGGAUCGCGGCUGGUAAACAGACAUGA